UUCAGAGCAAUCAAUUUCCCAAAGACUGGAAGGGCUUGUGGAGCAGGAGUGAAUAAGAAAAAGGGACCUGGCUUUUACAACUUUUUUUGUGCAACAACAAAAAAAAAUUAAAUAAAUAAAUAAAAUUAAAAUAACAACCUGUGGACUAUCGUGUGAGGGGGAAUAUUCCUCAGGCUGUUGGGACUUCUCACCUGCGAGGAGCGGAGGACCAGAGGCGCAGCACAGGGGGCAGCAGUGUGUGAGGGGGGCCAGGUGGCAGAAGUGUGUGAGGGGGGCAGUCCCAAUGGCAGGUGCUUGGGACGUGGGCUGCUCUGGACAGUUUCUCUAGGAGCCCAACAGGGGGCAUCACUUCACCUGGAGGCAUUCCACAGGAAGCGAGCUGAUGAGGUCGACCACGCUGGGACUGCUCUUCCUGUUCAGUGUUCGAGCGGUCUUCAACAUGGGAGGGGGGGUCCAGGGUGGGGGGGCCAGCCGCCAACGCCGCGCCCAGUCCGGCUUGGGAGGGGGCCGAGGCACCCCAUCGGGAGGCGGGACCCCCCACAGCACGACCAACCUCUCUGUUUCGACGACGGACCCCGAACUCCUCGCGGGGAAACUCCAAUCAGCGCACGGCACUGCUGCUAAACUUCAUAACGCAGCCUCAAGCUCCAGCUCAACUCUUCACCCGAAACUCUUCCCCAAACCCCCCACGUCUGUCCCCGCUCCGCAUCCGAAUCCCCCCGACGCGAGCCCCUUCUCGAACCCGGCAGCGGGCCCGGAACUUUCCGACGAGCCGCUGAGGAACGUUCCUGGCGCUAACCCCAAACUCUUCGUGGAGUCUCCGGACGGCAUCCCCACCGUGGACCCCAAACUCUUCAACAAGCGGCGCUACCGCUCGCCCCGGGUGCUCUUCAGCGCCCACCCGCCCGACGCGGAGGGGGGCGGGGCCAGGGUGAGGCGGCGCGCCGCUCAGCCCCGCCACCGGGGGGUGUACUCCGUCUGCGACAGCGUCAGCAACUGGGUGGGCAACAAGACCACGGCCAUCGACAUCACGGGCAACGAGGUGACGGUACUGCCGGACGUGCGCGUCAACAACAUCGUGAAGAAGCAGUACUUCUUCGAGACCACGUGCCACGCGAUGCGCGGCGGGGGCGGGGGAGGGGGCGGGGGCGGGGGCGGGCGGGCAGGGGCGGGGGCGGGCAGCUGCCUGGGCAUCGACAGCCGCCACUGGAACUCGUACUGCACAAACACGCACACCUUCGUGCUCGCCAUGACCUCCUUCAAGAGCCUGGUGGCCUGGCGGCUGGUGCGCAUCAACGCCGCCUGCGUCUGCGUGCUCAGCCGCAAGUCCUGGAGGCAGUGACCCCCGCACCGUGCCAACAGCGCCCCCUGCUGCCCCCCGCUGAACCUGCAGCCUGAUCAUCUAAACACCAGCCAGACAUUCACCACCACACACACACAUGCGCACACAUACGCAUAUAUAUACAUACACACACAC